AGUGAAGUUUGCAAUUCCUCGUGAAGCCUUUCAACCCUGCAGUGUGUCGACAGCUACGCCUCCGUUAGUGCUACAAAUACAGUGUGAAGCAGGCAAGCAAGCUGUCCGAGGACUCUCCGCAUCAUAUUGCGUUGCAGCUACAGAUAUAUCUGUGGAUCUAUAUGACCGCUGCCUCUUCCAUUCCUACUGUGUUAGCCUUAUUCAACAACUGAUUGUAAAGCUGGGAAGAUAUUGUGAAUCACUAGCCGUCAGUCGACAAGAGCUCUUAGGCUCCUCCUCUGAUGAUUGGCCCAUGAAAGAACUAACACGGCAUUUUACUUAGCUUGAUGGCCAGGCACCCCCCUGUACCCCCUCCUCAAGGCCUGGCUAAGAUUUGGUGGCAGCAGUGGUAUAAUCGCCACAAUCGUAUCUCGACUGACAACAGGGAGACGGAGCAUCUACAAGCACACACGCCGUUACAAUGCAUGAAGCAUUCUCACUCUGUGUUAGGAGUAUGUCUUCUAAGCGAAAAAACACCCCAACAAAAUUAAGUAAGGACGACGUCGUACUAGAGCGACAAACUCUCAACUCGGACUGUGACAACAACCAUUUUGAUUCGGAGGGUGACCCAGAGCCACACCUGCCUCAUCAGUUUAUCCAGUUUGACCACAGUGAUAACGAUUCUUCGGACACUGGUUCGGACAGACUGCCCCGCAAGAAGCAGCGACUUGGUGAUCGGGUGGGCAGCCAGCACUCAGCGGAGUCCGACAGUGACGAGUGUCACAGCUCAUUGCAAAACAAUAAUAACUGUCUAACCACAACAAAGCCUUCUUUAGGGCUGCAUAAGAAAUCUAUGGCAAGUGUUUUGCGACGAUUGAACUCUAAAAGCCAGGACACAGAUAUGAAGGACAUAUUGACAAAGACUACAGAAGAGAAGGACCCAGGGGUGAUCGAGAGUGUGCAGCAGAUUCUAACCAGUGAUGGUCCAGUUCAGGACAAGGAACAGAAGCUCAAUGAGAUGAUUGCACAGCUACAGACGAUCAAGGACGGUCUCCAGAAGCAGGGCCACCCAGCUCCCCCUGGUGACGGCUUCGGACUGCAAGUUUCGUCAGUUCCGAACCAGGCCCGUACCUCUCCAAAGGCAUCGUCCCCGAAGGGCAGUGAGCCUCACAAGCCUUCAACGUCCCCCCAGCUGGCAACCUCGCCCUACCCCCAGGCUCGCCACACCCUGCCCUCCCCACCCACAAUGAGACAGACCAGUCCCCACAUGCCAGUCCUGGGUUCGACUCCAGGGUGGCCCAGUGGACACAUUGCACUGCCAAUGAACCACACAGACCAAGAUGCACCUCUCAACCUGACCAAACCCAAGCAUGAGGCCAAAUUUGACCGAUUGUCUGACGACCACUUGAGUAUGAUUCAUGGUCGUUCUAUCAAGAGGGAGCCUGUCGUCACACCUCCUCCCGCUCACAGCAAUCACAAAAGGCAGCAUCAGCAACAGCAUCAGCAUCAGCAACAACAUCAGCAGCCAACAGCGCAAACACCACCAACGACAGACAUCUCGUCCCUGAUUGGGUUGAGAUCCCCAUUUGGCAUCCCUGCUCAGUACAUCACUAGCCCAUACCUCGGCAUCCCAGCACACUACCCCGGUCUCACGCUCGGAGGUCAUGCUCACACCCUCAAUGGUGCCAAGUCGCCAUCCGAAAGUGAAAAAGAGAGUUACGUACAGGAAGCAUUGGCACGGCAACUAGCGGCAUCAGUGAGUGGUCCAGUGUUCCCAGGUCUUCACCAUGUACCGCUCUAUGCAAGCACGCCAUCACCGACGAUGCCACAACUAACGCAGUUGAGCGGCGCCAAGGACACCUCCAGCAUGCCCAUCUCUAAUGAAGACAGCCAGAACUACGUUCAGCAUCUACAGAGUAAGAUGUUCGGUGCAAAGAUUAUCCGAGCACAGCGUGAGAAGAACGAGCCAGGGAGACCUCAUGUGAAACGGCCAAUGAACGCCUUCAUGGUCUGGGCCAGAGAAGAGAGGCGCAAGAUCCUCAAGGCCUGCCCUGAUAUGCACAAUUCCAACAUCUCCAAAAUACUAGGAGCGAAAUGGAAGGCGAUGUCCAAUGCCGAGAAACAGCCAUAUUAUGAGGAACAAUCUCGUCUCAGCAAACUCCACAUGGAGGCCCACCCCGAUUACAGAUACAGACCAAGGCCAAAGCGUACAUGUAUCGUUGAUGGAAAGAAGCUGAGAAUCUCAGAGUACAAAGCAUUGAUGAGGAGUCGGAGACAAGACGUUAGACGGGUGUGGUACGGAGAAUCUGGAGCUACGUAUGUUGAGGGUUUACUAUCUUCAGAAGGAACAGGGCCUUCCAAUUCCAACUUUGAUCCCAGCCAGUUCUUGAAAUCUUCGUCUCCAGUGAACAACAGCCUAAGCAAUGGUGAAGCCGGCUCCCCUGUUAACAACGGUAAUUCCAUACACAAUGAUAAACUCUCCAGCUGGGAUGCGGAACAUCUUCAGAACGGUGACCUGAACGACAUCGACGGUGGUUCCGAUGUAAGCAUGGACACCUCGUAUACCGAUGCAUCGAACACCAGUUUUGGAACAAGUGCUGUUGCAGAAGAGGUCGCAUCAACAUAGUUCCCAAGGAAUUGUAGUUUACCACAGUGCAUAUUUAAUAUAAUGUAACAAUGGUGCUAGAUCUGUUUAGACUCCCUAGCCUGCGUCGUCCAUUAUGGUUUCUCCUCUCAAGCUGCUCCUGGAGGUGAGAGCGGUUACAUGGAGGAGGUGUGGUCUUGACCAUUGUAUGCCAGAGCACCUGCUUAGAAAUAUGAACACCUUGUUGUCCUAAUACCACAAUGUUUGAUGUAAAGAAGCCAGGCUUGGAUGACAUCUCUGAGCAGUGCUUGAACUAUCUCCACAAAGCAUGUGUUGGCUUGACAUGAUCAUGGCAGGUGCUUGAGCUAGUUCUAGCAAAGAGCACAUGCUUGGCUUACCGUCGUAACAGGUGCUUGGACUAACAUUGUUAGAGGUCUUGCUUCAAAGACUUCUGGUUUCAUUGGCAGCAUUGGAGGAAUUUCUACAGACUUCAUCGAAGCUUGAAACCAAAAUCCUUCACGCCUCUGGUCGGAAUUUGAGCCCAGUUCCACUUGGAACAAGACUAGCCUACAUCUCACUGUGUUGAUACGGUCCCAUCAGAUGGGAUGGCGACAUCCGUUUACUGAUCAUGGUGCCACAAACUCCUGCAACAUGCGUCCUUGUUCUUCAGACUUAUUCCCCAGGAGAGUCCCCUCUGUGCCCAUGACAAUUCCAGGACGAGCACCAGGCACUGCAAUAGGAAAGUUGACCAACGAAACUCACUGACCAGUCAUCCACGCAGUCAGCGCCACCGUGCCACCUAGCUCCCGCUUCUAGACGCCUGUAUAUAGACAUGUUAGGCCGCACCUCGACAAGACUCUGUCUAUCAGAGCACAUGACUUGAUACUAUCCUCUCACUGUGUAGAAGUGUUCCUGUUGUGGAACACUGUAUUACUGGUACGCCAUGUAUAUCUGUAACAUUGUAUACACUAUAUGACAUUGUAUACAGAUCGGUACAAUAUGACAUCGUAUGCAAUACUGCGACGAUACUGUAUACAGUAUAUUGACAUGACAAUGCUGUUUACAGUACUAUAUCACAUGACAAUACUGUGUUCAGUACUAAUUGAUCCGACAAUACUGUGUGGAGUACUUAUCACAUGACAAUACUGUGUACAGUACUAUAUCAUUAUCACAUGACAAGACUUUACAGUACUAUAUCACAUGACAAUACUGUAUACAAUAUUUAAACAAUGUCUAUGCUGCAUACAGUACUAAUGACAUGACGAUACUGUAAUCAGUAUUAUAGGACAAUACUGUAUGCAGUACUUUAUCCCAUGUAUACUGUAUACAGUACCACUGACAUACCAGUAAGUUUAGGCCUAUACCACUGUAAUGAGUUCUGACACUGCCUAUGGUUUUACUACGCCAUGUAAAGACGGUGAAGGCCUUCUGUAUGUAUUUCUGGGUCCAAUAUAGGUUGAGGCACCCCCUCUCUCAGUCCAUAUUGCUGUUGUCCUGUUCCUAGGUUCAUGCUUAGCUCUGUUGACCUCUGCCGGUCACUAUGAUACAGCCCUGUCCAUCUGCUCCACCUUUAGGAGAAAUAAAAUAAAACAUGGCAGUAAAUGUUUAACUUUUUUUAUUUGUUUAUAAUGAAAAACAUUGAUACUUCUGUUUUCUCUCUUCAGUGUAAUAAGAUGAUUUUAUUCUGGAAAUGUUACAGAUGAGUGCUUUUAAGAAUAUAUUAAUAUUAUAUAAAAAUAUUUAUGAAAAUUAUACAUCAGUAUUUUAAAAAAUAAUUUAGCAUGAUAAGCCCAUUAAAUGCAUAUUAUUCUUUCCUUGAUAUAAGCAAUCAUAUAUUCAAUUGAAUGUGUUAAGAUAUUUACAGGUGUUUUUUAGGUAGUACUGGUAAAAAAAAUCAAAGGUACUCAGACAAGUGUUUAUCAGCUCACAUUGAGUUUAUGUGUAGUUGCAGAGUUUAUAGAUAAUUACUCAUUGUGUUUUGAAAAUCUUGGCAUUUUGGCUGGCAUUGAUGUUUUUGUUCGUAGACUUUUUGUUUUGUUUUGUUUUGGCUUUGUUAGUGACAGCUGCGGAGGCAGAGUAGAUCUCGGGCAGAUGGACCGGAUGUAUGUAGGCGAGGUGCUGUUGUAUUUGAGUCCUUAACAUCCACAAUUUCACUGUUGUCAACGCUGCUGAUGUUGAGGGCAAGGGUUUAUUAUUGUAGAAUAUUGAGUGCCAAAUCUACCUUGUUAAGGUUGCUGAUUGUUUAAAGUUUAGUUCUUCCUAUCUUUGCCAUAUAUGUGUGAUGAUUGUUAAACUUUUGAGUAGAAUUUAAACCUAGAGUCUUUCUUCAGUAUAGUUUGCUCUUGUGAGAGAUAGUUUCUCUUAUGAAGUAAUUUUGUUGAAUCUUAUGCUGUUAGAAGAUGAAGAUUAUAGCUGGGUUACCUACCUUGGUUUCUGUUGACGACCUUGUUUUCACAUGUUGAAAGGUUUAUUGAGUGUGAUGCAGUGUAAAUUUGUUUUGAGGAUGUUUGGGAGCAAUCCCUUUCAAACACUGCAAUUUAUUUUGAAGAAGCUGUAAAUAUGACUGGCAUGGAAUAAAUCGUUAUCACAUGACUGUGGUAUUCUAGGAAUUGACGCAAUUACCGUGUGUUUCUGGAAGAAAUUGACUGAAUGCAUAAUUAUAAUAAACUAAAUGACAAAAGUGCCAAAUUUGGAUUAAUGUAUUCAUGCAUCAACAGUGCACAAAAUGUGAAUGUUGUUUUAGAAAUAGCAGUAAGGGGAGGUAACCCUGAUAGAUCUGUAAUGUGAUAGAAAUGUGUACAUACAUAGGUCACAAUGCACUGAAUGCACUCAUCACGGGGCAGUACUAAGUAGAUGCUAGACAACCUUCCCCUGCUGUAUUGUGCUGAAUCUCGAAGGAGGCCUACGUCACUAGAGGCAGUAUUGUCCGUCUUCCGUUAAUCGAACCUUGUGUAGUUGACACAGUAGAUUCCAAGUGUGUAUUAUGAGUAUGAUACAAUCAUGUCUUCCUCGGUGUUGAGUAUUGACCAAUGGUCAGUCUCAUGUGAGUGUAUUGUACACACUGGCGGAGAUGUAGUUUAAUAAGUAGGUUGUUCUCACAUUCAUCUGUCUCAAGGUAUGGACCAAUAUUCUAUUCUCAAUACUCCAAUAAAACAGAUAGCCAUGAUUGAUGACAAAUAGUUGUGAUGUUCCAACUUAAAAAAAACCAUAAUUUAAUAUUUGUUCUGUUUUCAAAUACUGAACAGUAGUUUGAACAUUUUUGAAAUCUACAUGUAAAAGAUACGAAAAUAUAUCAGUUGAAAAACAUAAAUUUGUUAACAAUCACAGCUACAUCAGUAAUGGGUAUGAUUUUGAAGCCAUAACUUAAAUAUAUGUAUUUUGUUAGUGUUGAGAUGUGGAAUGAAUACAAGUCAUAUUAUCAUAGGUUUUUUAACACUUUAACUCUAAGUGAACCAUAUUACCCCUAUGUUAUCCUGAGACGAGAGUUAUCGUGUUAUCUACUGUGCCCGUAUCAUAUCAGUAUGUUUAUAUUCAUUAAUCGUCAUAGUAACCACUAGACACUUGGUCUUGACAUAGCAACUAUUUAUCAACAUAGGACCAUUAUUUAUGAAGACAAAAUGUCAAAUAUCUAUAUGGAGUAUCGUGUAGAUUAAUUAGGAAUGGCUUCAGAAGACUGAAACGAGUUAUUGUGACUGUGCAAGGUGACACAUGUAUGUCUGAUACGGUGUGUAUCACACGGUGUGUGGUGUAUAUGUCUAUAGACAAAGUCAUAUGUCGCCAAUGCUGCUCACAGUUGUAUCCAUGUAUUUAUGUUAAAGUGUUUAUUGGGCAUUGGUGUUUGUGCCCCUACGACUGUCCGCUGUUUGUGGGCUAAAUCCUAUAACAUAAUUGUUUAUUGACGUACGAGUUUAUAUAACAUGACUUUGUUGACGUGGGUGGGUGCAUGAUGGUGAUGAUCUCGUUUUAUCGGAUGUGUUAUUUUUUCUUAUGUCUAUUCUACUGUACCAUGAAAUGUAUACUAGCAUGUGUUGAUUAUGGUGCCUGUAGAUUCCUAUAUAUUGACAAGAAAGAGCAACGACAAUUAUGUAUUUUGAACUGCAUUCGAACAAACCAGUUUCAUGUUCAACGACAAACUGAAAUUGAUUUUGAAGUACAUCAAUGUUCUCUUUUCAAUUGGAAAUUUGAAACUGAUGAAAUUUAAACUUUGUUUUGCUCUUGUCGUAGUGUCAGUUCCUUCUCCCAUCAUUGUGACUUAGUCGAUUUCCUUCUGAAAACACAUUCCUGGCUCCUUGAUAAAAUCCCCAUGAAAAGCUUCAUUCUGUUGUCCGCGAAAUUACUGCUGUCACUCCCAGCAUCCUCUUCCUCCUCUUCCUCCCAACGUUUCCCGUCACACAAUGCUGUCAGAAUGUUAAUUCCAUGACUAUCAUUAAAUAUCAUUUUAUUUGUCACAAAUUUGCUCAAUUUUAUUAUUGGUUAUUUGUCAUAAACUUGUUCAGUUGGAAUAUUUUCUUUUUUAUAUUAUGCUAUUGCAUCAAGGUGACGAUUUGAGCGUUUCAAAGGGUUAUGUUUACUUGUGCAUUUCUUAUUAAUACUGUAUUGUAUUUGAAACCAACGACCCUGCGUAGAGUGGGUGCAUAGACUAAUAGUCUGGGUAUUAUUGUUUAGCUUUAGGCUGCUUAAACUCCACGUUUUAUUAUAAACCUCCACAUUCAACCUUCAAUGCCAGAUGUAAAAAAAGAAGGACUGUUUCUCAAUGUGUUUGAGGGUAGGUUGGAGUCUUGAGUUGUGUGUCUGCUUCUACUGCUAUGACAGAAAUGAAUGCUCCCGUUGGGAGCAUUUAUUACGCUAGGAGAUGUAGUUGUUUUGUCUUUAAGUUAUAUUCUUUUAAUUUUUAAUCCCAGUUUUUGAUAUGUGCUAUUGUAGAGCCUCUAUUUCAUGAUUUGUCUCGAUGAACGAUUUAGUAGUGAUUAAGAUACCAUGACAUGUGGCAUAUUCUGAACCACAAACCAUCAGUCACCCCUCAGUUUAUAAUGGUUCAAUCCACUGGAACCAUCCUGUCACCCCUUCAGUUUAUUAUGGUUUGAUCCAUUCAAACCACCUGUCACCUCUCAGUUUUUCAUGGUUUAAUCCAUUCAAACAACCUGACACCCCUAUGUUCAUCCCAAAGGAACCAUCAUCUCUCUUCCUCAUUCUUUACUCCAAUGAUUCAGUUCAUCUCAAACACCAGUCCCUGUCAAUUAUAAUUGUUCAUCCUGUCAAAUAUUCAUCACCCAUAUAUCCAUAAUGGAACAGUCCAUCUUUGCUACCUUUCACCCCUACUUCAACAUGGUUCUGUCCACUGGACAACCUGACACCCCUCUGUUCACAAUGCCUGGUUCUAUUGGUCAGCUCUAGUCAGCUUUUGUUCUUUAAAUGGCAAAAUUCAAACUUUUUCACUCACAUGCAUUUCUGUUGGGUAAUGGGCUGGUCCUGAUUCAUAAAAAAUGAACUCUUGUUAUUAUGUUAUAUCACGAUCAAUAAAUCAUGCGAUUUUCAUCCAGCUUCAUUUCUUUAAUUCUGUAAUUUAUGCUUUUUAUUUCAUGAAAUUACCAAUGCCUUUCAUAGGCAAACAGAGCAAGUUAGAGAAAUUGAUGAUUAGAAACCAGUAGCAACCAGAUGUUGGAUGACUCUCAUAAUUCAUUCUUAAUAUCUAAUCUGAAAUAAUAUAUCGCAUAAUGAUUGAAAAACUGUUAAUCCUUCACAUUUAUGUCAGUGAAAUCUCAUAUGUAAACCUAAGAUCUGAUGUAAAGAAUUGCUUUAUAAUAUUAUCAUGAAACCAGUUUUAAUUUAUUUAUAUUUUUAGCAUAAUAAGUGCGAUAUGAAAUCUGUACAGGUUGUGUAAAAAAUCAUGCACUUAGAUAUUGAAGAAAUGCUAAUAGUGUAAGGUCACCACGAUCAAAGGUCACAUGUAUAUUUAACUUAAAAUACUGCCAAAUGUUUUAUCUCAAUAUCCAAGUGUAAAUCAGUACUCAGAGGGAUAAUCCUUUGAGUCCCAAAACAGCAUCUGUUCUAAAUGACAGAGAAUUGUAUUAUUGUUUUGCAUUUUCCAAAAGAUUUGUUUACAAGUUUUUCCAAAAAGUGUUCAGCUUCAAAUUAUAAGCCUCCCUUAUGUCAACCCCGAAUUGUGUAUUUAAUUCAAUGUUCAAUGGUGUACUUAAUUUUUGAAUGUUUAAAUUUUGCGAAGCAACCACGAGUGCUGCUGUCUGUUCUUCCAGUGUUAGGGUUGUCACAGAGAUAGCCUAGCAAAUACCUCGUUCAUCUGAAAUCUCAAUCCAGUUGCCAAAUAUACACUCGUUCAUGGAACUGAAUAAACUGUUUUGUUUUUGUUGAAAUGGAAGGUGACCGUUGAAUUACUUUUUUAAAGGGGAGCUAUGAUUGAAGGCGUGUUCCCAUUUUCAGUAUCGGUCGAGGUGUUGUAAUUAUUGUGAAACAGACAUUGUUCCUAUGUAGUUUGAUAAACAUUACGUUUACAUCAAUGUAAACAUUAAUUGUAUAUAACAUCCUAGGACUGCCGAUAUGUGAGCCUAGCUCCCCUUUAAAACAUUAUGAAAUAUUACCUUUGAUUCUGGACAUAUUUUUUCUAAAUUGAUAGUUUUGCAAUCAAAAGAUUAAACUUGCCUUCCACAGUAGAUCUGGUAAUAGUGCUAGAUUGGGGCCACUUUAAGGUAAUUUCUACCAAUGGUUAUUUUAAUACAGUUUGUGAGAAGGCUCUAUUGAGUAUACCUUUACUUUAGUAGGUAUACACUGCUGUAGUUUCAUAUACCUGGUAUUUUUGUAAUGGAUAGACUAUUUUAGAUUUCCAUUUCACUUUUAGCGAUGAUUAAAUAUAUAUUUUAGAAGUUCGUAUUUGGAUACAAUGUAAAGGCUUACUGCGUAUGUAGACGGCCGCAAAGCACAACGAACAAAUGGUCAGAGCAAUAAUAAUCACAAUGGAUGUUUUACUUUUCUCAUAUCAUACUUCACUAACUUAUUUCAAGGUGAAAAUGCAGGGUAAACCCUUUUUUAGCAGUGAUCAAUUUUAUCAAAAGUGAAAAAGAUAAAUGAUCAAAAUCUGUUUUUUUUAAUCUUUGUUAGAUAAGUAUUUAGAUACUUACGUCAUGGUGUCAUAUUGAUGUACAUUUUUGUCAGUAUAGAUCAUAUGAAUAUAGAUUUGACAAGAUGUCCCUGUGAACUUUUACAACAAAACCACUUGAGCGUCUACUGUUGAACAAAACUGCUCAUUAAUGUUAAAUUUGUUUAAGUUUAAUCGGAAUCUUAAAUGAAUUCUAUUGUUUAAUAGGUCACAGGUACUUCAUGCCAAACUUAUGUUAGAAUUAACAAACCAUAUCUUGAAUGUUACAUCAUAUCCCACAAUCCUUUGUUAUCGACCAAUCAACACCCUUCAUAUCAAUCAUGUGACUGAUGAUAGCCUCAACUUCACCAAGAUGGCGGACUUUUGUUGCGGUCAUCUCUCUAUGUUAAGUAUCCAAUGUUGAACAUGUUAUGUGUGCUUAAGAUUAAUAACGUAUAGUUGUAAGUUAUAGAUUUGAUACGAUAAUUUUUGUGCAAAAAUUGAAUAAAUCAUUUUUAUUAUA